AUUUGCUGCAGCUCAGUGCUCCAAAAGUUGAGUGCAUAUCACAUUCAUCAGAUAUCUGUCCUUGCUUCAUGCACUUGCGAACUGCAGCCACUUGAUCUCUCUGUGAAUGAUGAGUUUAAAGCUGUAAUGAAGGAACACUUCAGUAGGUGGUAUGCAGACGAAAUCAAGACUGCGCUAGACCAAGGUGCAAGCCUGGAUAAGGUGAAGAUUGAUCUAAAAGCGUCUCUCAUCAAGCCUUUGCAUGGAAACUGGUUGAUA